AUUUCUUGAAAUGCAAAGAAUGGAUAAAGGACCUCACGGAAAAAUAACUUUCUUCGAUUGUCCAUGUUUAACGUCAUGGAAAUGCUUAGUCUUAUUCCUUGCAGAACGGAAGAGAGAGGCUAGGGCUUGCCUGUGAUGUGCUCCGUUGUCAGUCACCGUUUUUUUGUUGUUGGCUACUCCCUUCUUUUUUUCUAAGGUAUCAAGAUGAAGAUGUGCGAGAACCUGUUUAACACGGAAAAUUGAGCAAGUUUCCAAAGGAAUGUGAAGCAAAACUGAACUAGCACAAGGAUAGCCUAACUACUCCUCCCUCUCAGGGUUUGCAUUUGAAGCACCUUGUUAUGGAAUAUAAUAUUUUGAGAUCUCUAGAUCAUGUCUGUAGGAUGUACGGCAAAUCUGUUUGGGAAUAUUAGAUUACGCAAUGGUAGCUCGAAUCCCGUGGAUUACAACGACCAUACAAUCUGAAUUGCUUGUCGAUGAAAACCGAUGUUUGUAGGCUAUUCUUUGGAGGAAAAAGUUUCCACACAGCACAAGAAGAUCAAUUAUGUUUUCAAACAUCCAAGCUUUGUCAUCAACCUAUACUAACUAACUGGAACAAAAGAUGCUUUAUGAAAUGAUGGAACGUUAUCAGUAGGAUUCUGAAAUUGAUACGACCAUUGUUGAGCACGGUAACCGCAGUAGGCUAUAUGAAGUUAUUUUAUAGCAGCUGGAAGAAGACAUUUUAGCUAAAACCUACAAAUCUAUCGCUAAAUAUGAAAAGCGUGUGUUUAUGGACAUAAUGGUUUACGAAAUGCUACAGUCUGUUUUAUGAAAGGUCAAUACGAUUGUUUGAAGAGUACUGUAGCCUACUCUCUUCAGUUUUUGGUGUAAUCUGACCCUUGUGGUGGUGUCAUUUGAGCUUUAAAUCACUAAUUUGACAAAAACGUAUGUCACACUUCAGAAAAGUGUUACGUGAGCAUGCUGCGAUUACAUGAGCAGUAGCAGCAUCAUGAUGAUUUGAGGCAGGGUGCAAUUUAUGUGCAGAUGCUUUUUCACAGGUUUUGAGUCAAAAUGUCUGUGAAAGCUAAGGCCCUUUACACUUUCCAAAGCGAAAACAAAGAAGAGAUCAGCAUCCAGGAGAAUGAGGAGCUUGUUAUAUUUAACGAGCACUCUGUGGAUGGUUGGCUACAAGGGGAGAACAGUCGAGGGGAGAAAGGUCUCUUUCCAGCCUCGUACGUGGAGAUCGUCCGUCCUCGCUCCAACUCAAACCUGACAGACUGCUCCAUAAGCCCAGCUGGUUCUCUAGGUAAUGACUCCUCCUACUUCACCUCUGCCCCAAACACCCCAUUUCACAUGGAGCAGAGGUACUAUGAUGACGAGGACGACGACUGGGACGACUGGGACGACAGCUCCACCGUGGUGGAAGACGACGACCCGAGGAGGGGAAGUGGGGCAAACGGACAUUCUCAUCAGAACCCGCACUCCAACAACCCCAAUGUCCACUACCGUGCUAAACCUUACAUGGAGAGGCAGGACAGUAUUUCCAGCUCGCGGAAGGGCAGCAUGGUGGGCAGGAACUUGAACCGGUUCUCAAGCUUUGUGCGCUCAGGGGUAGAGGCGUUUGUAUUGGGCGAUGUCCCUAUGAUGGCCAAGAUAGCUGAGUCAUACACCAUUGAGAUGGGCCCCAAAGGGCCCCAGUGGAAAGAGAGCCCUCAGCCUUUCUCCUGUUCUGUGGAGGACCCUACCAAACAGACCAAGUUCAAGGGCAUCAAGACCUAUAUAUCUUACCGGGUCACCCCCAGCCAUACAGGGCGACCCGUCUACCGCCGGUACAAGCACUUCGAUUGGCUUUACAACCGUCUGCUGCAUAAGUUCACCGUCAUCUCUGUGCCUCACUUGCCAGAGAAACAGGCCACAGGGCGUUUUGAAGAGGACUUCAUCGAGAAGCGCAAAAGACGGUUGGUCAUCUGGAUGGACCACAUGACCAGUCAUCCUGUCCUUUCACAGUACGAGGGCUUGGAACACUUCCUUAUGUGUGCUGAUGACAAGCAGUGGAAGCUGGGCAAGCGGCGGGCGGAGAAAGAUGAGAUGGUGGGUGCCCACUUCAUGCUGACCUUUCAGAUUCCCAAUGAGCACCAGGAUCUACAGGACGUGGAGGAGCGCGUGGAUACCUUCAAGUCCUUUGCUAGGAAGAUGGAUGAAAGCGUCAUGCAGCUGACCCACGUCGCCUCAGAACUGGUUCGAAAACACCUUGGUGGCUUCAGGAAAGAGUUUCAGCGCCUGGGAAAUGCGUUCCAGUCCAUCAGCCAGGCGUUCAUGCUUGACCCUCCCCACAGCUCGGAUGCCCUCAACAAUGCCAUUUCACACACAGGCCGCACUUAUGAGAACAUUGGGGAGAUGUUUGCAGAGCAACCUAAGUAUGACCUCUUCCUCAUGCUGGACAGACUGUCACUCUACCAAGGCCUGCUUGCAAAUUUCCCAGACAUAAUUCAUCUGCAAAAAGGUGCGUUUGCCAAGGUGAAGGAAAGCCAGAGGAUGAGUGAUGAAGGGAAGAUGGAGCAGGACGAGGCGGAUGGUGUUCGCAAGCGCUGCCGAACGGUGGGGUUUGCUCUGCAAGCUGAGAUGAACCACUUCCAUCAGCGCCGGGAAGUGGACUUCAAGGAGAUGAUGCAGGCCUACCUCAAAGAGCAGAUCGCCUUCUAUCAGCGUGUGGGCCAGCAGCUGGAACGCACCCUGCACAUGUACGACACCCUGUAGAGCAACAUGUACGACACCCUGAAGAGCCCAAGGUCGUGUCUCUGUCCGUCUGGGUAACAGUGACUGCCCUGUCCAAACAGCAUUCAUGGUUUUCUAACCAGCCUUAGAAUACUGGCAAUUGGGUUUUGGAUAUGGUUGAACAAUGCAAUCACAACACAAUGGUAGCAUUUUUGAAGAGGUUGACAGCUAAUAACAAUAAAUUCUCACCCUUACCCUAUUUUACUUGUUAGAGGCAAAGUGUGAGUUUCAUGCCAGAUGUGAGAGAUUUGGUACCCCAGAUGGAUAAUGCCUCCCAGACAUAGAACACGUAGCUUGUUUUUGCAUACAUUUCCAGGGAGUGUCAUCAUGUUAUGCAAAUGUUUUGUUCAAGGUAUUUAGAAGAAUCUUUAUAGGCUCCAGUUAGCAUUAGCCCUCCAAACUUUGAACCAGCUAUUUACAGCAGCAAAAACUUCACAAAACCCACAUUAUGACUGUCUUUCAGGCCUUGGGUUAGGGCUUCUUAUACAAAAGCACUGGCCAAAUGUAACAAAUAGAUGGAGUAAAUUAUUUACUUGUGAAGUUUAAUUCUGUCACAUCAGGAAGUACGUGACUGUGCAUUGAAUUACCUGCAGUUUGAACACUUGAAUCUCAAGACAUGGGUGAAGUGGGCUUUUCAGGGACAAGUGGAUGUAAAUAUGAGUCGUGAUUUACUAACAUUUCUCAUAUUCCACAUCCACUUAAACCUAGAAAACACAACGCCCCAUACCCAUUAUCCACUUGUGUAAUAACUUAGUUAUAUCAUACUGUACUUAGUAGUAAUUUGUAAUUUCAUAGCAGUUCUAUAUAACUUAUUACCACAGGUUUUACAAUGUAGUUGCUUGGUGUAAGGCUUUAUAAUGUGUUCUGCUAAACAGUCAUAUACAGUAGUAAUACAUGAAACACCUAAAAGCCACAAGCUGUAUUAACCCCUGUGCUGCCUUCGGGUCACAUGGUCACAUUCAUAACGAACCAUCGUUGUGUUUACCCAAUUAAACCCCAUACAAAAACAAAUACAAAUAAUUGUAUUUGAACCUUCGCAAUGUGGGGGGUCUGAGACAGCCCAACGGUUAAAAGAAAAUGCUUCACUUUGUUUUUGUAUGCGGUAAAGUUGUCGCAAUACGACGGUGGGUCAUAUUGACCCGUAGAUAACACAAGGGUUCCAAAAAGAGGAUCGGGUAUGUUCCCCUCAUGCGGUGCAGUGAUCGAGCAAUAUGUGGAAAAGUUGUAUUUCUUGGCAGGGACCAUUUCCAGUUGAAAUACAAACAUGAUGCUUGAAGUGAACAACUAAGGGCUCAGCUAAUUGGAUGAUGUAGCCUUACUGUCUUUGUCCUCAAGUUCAAAUCCUAGACAAGCCAGAAUUGUGCCUGUUGAAGGUUAGUGGGUUCCAAGCAACUAUAGGAGCUUCAGGUUAAUUAGUAGGGCUGUCAACUACUUCAAUAUGAAGGCAAGGUGGAGCAUUUGACUGCAGAUCAAGAGCUUGCAGGUCCAAAUGCCCACCUGUGUGUUGCUGUUGGACCUGAAUGUUGCUUUAUAACUUCUAGCUUCAGAAGAAAUCCAGUUUUUACUCAGCAGCAGGCCAUCCCGAAACUACCCCCACCUUCUCAAAAUGAUUCUAAAGUCUAGCUUUGUGUUCUUCAACCUGAAGCUACCAAGUGAAAACUUUAGUAAUGGGCUCGUACAAGGAAUACAUUUGAGACAAGCAUGUCAGUUUUUGUGUCAGUAAAAACAUUGAAAGGUGUGUUGUGGUUCGGUUACCUUUGACAGCCAUAAUAAUUACAAAUAUAAUGUUCUUUGUGUGGUUUUAGUUAAAGAAGUGCCUUAAGAAACCAAGGCAUGUUAGUGUGUAUGUGUUCAAGACUUCAUCUGAUUCUUCUUUUUUGAAGAGAAAUGGAGCCCUGAAUUUCCUGUUCUUCAGUUUGCACAGUUCAACUGGUGGACCUGUGUUUGUGUGCAUCAGAGAGGAUACAGGGGAAUAUGUACAGUAUGCUGUAGAUUGGUCCAAAUUAAACCAGUCUGUUACUUACCUAAUACUGAUUCCAAACAAAUGAUUGUCCAAAUCUAUAAUAUACUGAUUGGUUGUUAUCAAAGUAGACAUCAUAUAGGAAUGUGUGGCUAAGUUAUUUUCAGGUUUAUAUGAACCAGUUAAGGGGUAGCCACAACCUAAGACAGCUCCACAUUCAAGUUAUUUCAUGUAUUGCGCAACAGUUCAAGUCAUUUUUCUCUACCAGGUUUGUGAUUAUUUAACUAGUUAUUUUCUUUUGUGCUCUUAAGCACUAUUAUUAGUAUUAUGCAAAGUGUUCUUAGACUACAGAAUAUGUGUCCUGUCUGAACCUGUGCAUUGCUUUGAAAUGAUCAGCUCUUAUUUCCAGUUAUACACAUAUUGUAGUUAAAACAAUCCAAAAACAAUAAUAGAUGGAAGUGCAUUAAUUAUAUGUUUACUCCAUGGCACUCCAUGUCACUGUGGGAAUGGUUGACAUGGUUCACAUUUCCAUCCAGGUGGGUGACUGCAUUCCAGGUGUUGAAUCUCUUUCAAUCUUAUUUUUGUCUUUUUUUCUUUUCUUUUUUCUGUUGUCUCUUUUUGCACAGUUGUGUUGCUCUAAGACCAAAGUAAACCCAUUACUUUCCACUGGAAAUUUUUCUUUUUUUUUAUGCUGAAGGGUUAAUUGUUUAUUGUUAAAUCCCUUGAGUCUUAAGAAAGUUUUUUUUCUCAUUCGCUAUUUUAAUGCAAAUGUGAGGAUAAAAAAACACUUUGAAAUGGGAGACGAGAAGGAUUUUCUUUGGUGACUGCAAAACACGUUGUCUUUUUUACGACAACCACUGGCAGCCUGAUAAUAAAGACAUUCCCUAAAUGUUGAGAGUAAUUUAGUGUUUGGUGAGGGGAAGCAUUUUCUGGUUGCACACAUGAUUUAAUCUUGAAAAGGAUGUGUGAAAUGGGGGCUGAUACAUGAAGUGUUUUUCUCAGAGGAAGAGGAAGAGGACUAGUGUUAGGAUUGGAGGAUCUACAUCUUAAUAAAAGAUCAUUAUAAUGA